GUAGGACAGAGGCGCGAUCAGAAGCUCGUCCAUCGCCCAAUUCUCAGCGCAGCAUCGAGCAUCGAGUCGGACGACCAAUUCGCAAUCCGCAGCAAAAAUGGCCACCUCUAUCGUCUCCGCUUCCGCCGUGGUGGCCGCGCCCGCCCGCGAGUUCGCCGGUCUCAGGGCCACCACCAGCUUCGGCAAGGUUCAAAAUGUGGUGAGUUUCUCCGUGAUCGCUCGGUGCCAUCUCCUGGGAGAAGGAGGUGGUCGAAUAGCGGGGCCUUUUCUUUUCCAGACUCGCUACUGUUUCUCGCGGUCGAAUGUAAUCGCUGUCUGCUUCAGUCUGCUCUCAUUUGAACUGUUUUGGACAAUUUUAUGUCAUGUGUUCGCAAUGUGAAGUGAAGGCAAAAUUUCGUCUUCUUAAUGUACUGUUCUCUUGCUGCAGGCCAUGUUGCCCAAGUCUGUGAACGGAAAGGGUGCAUUGGGUGCACGAUGUGACUACAUUGGAUCAUCCACCAACUUGAUCAUGGUUGCUUCCACCACUUUGAUGCUGUUCGCCGGACGAUUCGGUCUUGCACCAUCUGCCAACAGGAAGGCCUUGUCUGGAUUGAAGCUCGUAGACAGAGACUCAGGUCUUCAGACCGGUGACCCUGCUGGCUUCACUGCCACCGACACUCUUGCCUGCGGAGUUAUGGGCCACAUCAUCGGUGUCGGAAUUGUCCUUGGGCUCAAGGCCACCGGCGGUCUGUAGAUGUACAUUAUCAAACUCAAAAUUGUGUAAAAAUAUCCGUGUAUUGGUCUCAAUUUGCCGACAUUUAAAACAGACUUUUCAUCUCAAGCUUUCUGUACCCGAACUUUCAUUGCUCUGGUCUCCCUCCUUCUGUAUGUCUUAUUGUCUCCUCCCAGCCGGAGUCGUAAAGCC